GACGCGGGAGCCGGCGCAGUCAAAGAGCGGGCGGCAGCGGGGCGGGGCCGCGUGGGGGAGCCGCCCCUCGCGGUCGCCGCGGCUCUGCCCAGUGAGCGCCGUGCUUGUAAGGAGGCCUGGAAGGGGGGAGCAGGGCUACCGGCGGCCCGGAGCGGCCCAUGCUUCCCCUCAGCGGCGCCCUGCGAGCGGCGCCCGAUGUCGCUCGGGCGGUCGCCGUACUCUCCGUGACGGCCGCGCUGUGCGCCCAGCCCACCCGAGGCCGCCGGGAGCCCAGGUACCGCGGGCAAGCUCUGCCGGGCUGGAGGCGCUGCCCGCCCCGCGUGGGAACCGCUGGGGAGAGGGUCCACUUCGAGGUCAUCGAGUCCAACCGCAUCUGCCCGACGCCAGACCGUCCCCGAGCACCUCCUCCACCCGUCUCUUAAACACCCCCAGGGGUGGGGUCUCGGUCACCUCCCUGGGCAGCCUCUGACGGUGCCCGAGAACCCUUCUGUAACUCAUCGGCAAACUGUUGGUCCCAUCUUCAUCCUGUUAACAUGUUCAACAGUUAUAAUGUUAAGCAGUUCUACCACAGCAAAGCUCUCACCUCCCCAUAUCCUGGAUCACACAUCGAGCGUAGCCAAGUUCCUGAAGAUAAAGUGGGCUGGCUGGUUGAGUGGAAAGAUUAUAAUCCUGUGGAGUAUACUGCAAAGUCUGUUUUGGCUGGACCCUGUUGGGCAGAUCCCCAAAUCAAUGAUAAAAGUUUUUCUCCCAAAUUCAAUGACAGAGAUGGAGAAGUGGAGAGGAAGAGUCUGAAUGGCUUGUAUAUGGUUGAAAAUGGGAGGCCCCGAAAUCCAGUGGGAAGGACUGGCAUCACAGGCAGAGGAUUGUUGGGGCGCUGGGGACCAAACCAUGCUGCUGAUCCUCUUGUAACUAGGUGGAAAAGAGAUGGAAGUGGCAAUAAAAUUGCUCAUCCAGCUACUGGCAAAAGCAUCUUGCAGUUCGUAGCUAUCAAGAGGAGAGACUGUGGGGAAUGGGCCCUUCCAGGGGGGAUGGUGGACCCAGGGGAGAAGAUCAGUGCCACCCUGAAGCGAGAAUUUGGGGAGGAGGCCUUGAAUUCCUUGCAGAAAACACCAGAGGAGAAAACGGAGUUGGAGAAGCAGCUACACAAGUUGUUCAGCCAGGAACACUUUGUGGUGUACCGAGGAUAUGUGGAUGACCCUCGUAACACUGAUAACGCUUGGAUGGAGACAGAGGUUGUGAACUAUCAUGAUGAAACUGGUGAGACAAUGGAUAAUCUCCCUCUGGAAGCAGGUGAUGAUGCUGGAGUAGUGAAGUGGAUGGACAUCAGUGAGGAGCUCAACCUGUAUGCAAGUCACAGCUACUUCAUUAAGCUUGUAACAGAGAAAUGGGGAGCCCACUGGAGUGAGGAUCCUGGUCCUGAGUGCCAUGAGUGAUGUAAACAAGGCAUGGACACACACCAAGGGGAAAAUAAGUUUGAAGUUUUUCCAGCUUUGAAAUGGAGAUGACAUUGUCCUCUUCAGUGGAAAUUCAGUGACAAUUGUGUGAAAUUCAGCUGGCAAAAACACUUGGAAGUGAGAAAUGGAGACUUUUUCAGAGGCUUCAGAUUGCUUCUUUUGCUUUCUUAGCUAAUGUGAAAUGACAUGAAUGUGGAGCUGUUGUUUUCCUUUCUUGUCUUCAUUAUUUUCAGCCGUUUCAUACUAUCUGCAGAUUUACAUGUCAACAUUGGGAUUCUGACUGCCUGUAUUUCGGAAGCUGUUCACUUUAGCUCUGUUUUUAUGCGCCGAUUUCUUGUCAGCAGUAAGAAUCCUUAAGGGAUAGGAGACUGUAGGAUGACAAUCUGAAUAAUGACUUAAAUGCUACAAGUGAAGUUUUCUUUCUGAGUGGUUUCACCUAAUAUGUCUUUUCAGUGAUUUUUUUUCUAUUUUGAUAGAUUAGUUUUCACAUUAGAUUUCUUUUUAGUUUACAGUAUGGAUGUUAUUUACAUCUGAGUGUCUGGUGUAACUUGAUGACUGAUUUGAGACAUGUGAUAUGAUAGUGAUAGUACAAGGGGGAAUGGCUUCAAAUUGGAGGGAGGAAGAGUUAGAAUAGACAUUAUGAAGAAUUUCUUCAUUAAGAGGGUGAUGAGGCGCUGGCAUAGGUUGCCCAGGAAGGUUGUGGCUGCCCCAUCCUUGGAAGUGUUCAAGGCCAGGUUGGAUGGGGCCUUGAGUAACCCGAUCCAGUGGGAGGUGUCCCUGCCCAUGACAGGGGUGUUGGAACUGGAUGAUCUUUAAGGUCCCUUCCAACCGAAACCAUCCUAUGAUUCUAUGAUUUUGGAAGAGCUGGAUUUCGAGGUUCCUCUUUCCCACUGCUUAUGGCAGUCCAGCUGUUGAGGAGACUUCCAUAAACAGGAUCAUUGGAAAGAGCAGCCUUACAGUAUUAUAUAAUCUUCUAAAUGUGGUGUGUUUUACAGUUUAGGUAAUGUGAGCAACUUGUAGUUAAGAGGCCAGCAUGGCCUUCUAUGGUGUUUAUACUGAUAAUAAGAGCUGCACAAGUUCCUGACAUUUCUCCCUAUGUUUUUAAGGGGUAAUUGCUAUCAAUUGUGUACCAGUGUUGGAUUGAUGACAGUUAAAACUAAAAGUUGUGUUUGAGACCUGAGAAUGGGCUCUGAGUGACUUUUGAGCUGUAUAUUGAUGCAGGGUGGUAAUAAAUGUCAUGGUCUGGAAUUACUUUGUUAAACAGUACUGUGAUAUGCUUGGGCAUUGUUAAGACUCUUGGCCUCAUCCUGCUUAGCUAAUGAAUGGUUUUAGGGCUUCAUCCUUUUCAACACAACUCCUUCCUCCCAUUUAGCUAAUGAAAUCUUUAGGAGUCAUGUCCAUUUACAUGGGGAACCUUGCAAAUCUUGUGGAGUUACUAGUAUAUUCCUUUCAAAGGAAAAAGUAAUGCUAAGAGUUACUAAUUGUAUCUUCAAUCCUUUCUCACCUCUUCCUGUUUGUUCAAUAGCUUCUGUGGUCUUAUUAAAAGAGCAUAAGCGCUUUCUAUUGUUGUAGAAGCUCCCAGAGACUUGAUUUAUGCAAAAAUCUUUCUUCAUAAUUGUAGGUAAGUUGUGGUGGUUGCAUAUGCAGAAACUUUUUGGAUUAAUCUCUCCUCAGCGUAGAAUGGCGACUGGGUAAUAUCUGGUAGGGCCAAACCUGAGACAGCCUGAGAAACAAAAGGCACAGCCUGCUUCGGGCGUUGAUUUCCCUCUUUAAUCCCGGUCUUUGGAAACAGGAUCACUGAAAUGAAUUUGGUAUAUUUUUUUCUUAAGAAAAGAUGAAGUGAACUAAGAAGUUUGAUGCUCAGCAUUUAUUCAAGCUUAAUAAGUAGUAAAACAAGGUUUGAGAGAGCUGUACCUUCACCCAUGCUGGCUUCAGAGGUGAGUGUGUAAAACAGGACUUGGUCGCUAUAUAACCUCAGUUUCCAGCACACUGGUGAUACAAUAGAUGGGAAAGAGCUGUAGGAAGUUGAAGGAACAGCGUUCUGUAGGAGACAUCCAUAGUUACAUCGGAAAACCACAAGAUGUUGUGAAUCAUACCUUCUUAAGACAUUUGGGAUGCUUAGUUUACUUUUCCACUGAUGAAGCAGCCAAGUUUUUUUAUGUGACGUCUACUAAUCCUUGAAGGAUUGAUGGGUUUGGCAAUGGGAGCCUCUGUGUGUUACAAGAGAAAUAUUUCUUCUCUAUUUAUUCAAUAUUCUGACUCUAGGGUUUCGUACUUCAGCUGGGUGGUACUUCUGUGACAUUGCCUAGAGUACUGAAGCUGCUAACUGAGCAGGAGUGUUACAAAUUCAAAAAAUACCUCCAUUUUCCUCAAGAAAUGGGAACUUGUGAAUCUAAGUCCCUGCUGCAUAUUGAGGCCAGAUGGGUACCAGCAACAUAUUUGCAGUUUGAGAGCUGUGCUUUCUGACAUCUGACUAUAUUCAGGUUAAGCAAAAAGCUAUUGAAAGAUCAAGCCUCUAAAUAAAUUUUCAGUUACGGUGUUU